AUGGAUCAGAUUGUGAGAGAAAAUGUGGUCAUUGCUCAGAGGGGGAGUCUGUAUGUGACGUUACGAUCGGUCAUUGCCCUGACCGAAAGCCCAGAUGCUCACCUGGAUACUCCGGUGUGGCAUGUGACACAGGUUGAAGCACAAAUAUCACCUGGAGGUAAGGUUGACCCUGCAUACAUAGGCGGUGGAGUGACUGCAGCUGUCGUGCUGAUCACUAUAGUUGUUGUUGUUGUCACUGUCACAGUUAGGAGACGACGUAGAGAGGCCCACACGUCUGAUGACCAUGGCCUUCAGACAGAAUGUAGAAUAUUCCAACCAGAUAACAGGGAACCACAGAAUAACAUAGUGUUUGAGGACGACAGCAAUGAUCAGGAUGACGAAUCACAGGGUGACGUCAAUCCUUAUGUUAACGCUGACGUCGUCCCCUCCACAGUGCCGGUCGAGGAGUUCCCAGACUACUUUGUGAGAAGGAAUGCCGGAAAAGGAUUCAAGAAAGAAUUUGAGACAUUCCUGGUGGGCUUGCAGGCAAAGCACACUGCGGCGGACAGACCCAAAAACAAAGCGAAAAGCCGUUAUCGGAGUCUUGUGGCGUAUGACCAUUCCAGGGUGUUAUUGUCCGUGACAGAUGACCAGGACACGGACUACAUCAACGCUUGUUAUAUCAAUGGUUACAACGAACCAAAGAAAUACAUUGCUUCACAGGGGCCCAAUGAUGUCAUCCUGAACGAUUUUCUGCGCAUGAUCUGGGAACAAAAAUCUGGGAAGGUCAUCAUGCUGACGAACCUAGUAGAGACCACAAAGACCAAGUGCUCUCAGUACUGGCCUGAUGAGGGAUCAGAAAGUUUUGGUUUGAUCACAGUUACAUUACUGGAUGAGGAGAAUUACGCGGAUUUCACCGUGAGAACUCUGCAACUGAUACACAUUAAGAGAAAGCAGGAAUGUCAAACUGUAAAACAGUUCCACUUUACCGCCUGGCCUGAUCACGGUGCACCUGCGCACGCUACUGCGUUACUGGACUUCCGGGAUAAAGUUAACAAUUGUCAGACGCAAUUCAGUGGACCAGUUGUCGUGCACUGCAGUGCCGGUGUCGGUCGCACGGGAACAUACAUAGCUCUGGAUUACCUGAUCGCCCAGGCUCAUGACGAGGGGGUGGUGGAUGUGCCUGCCUGUGUCAGGCAACUCCGGGAACAGCGAGUUAACAUGGUUCAGACUCUGGAGCAGUACAAAUUCCUUCACGAAGCGCUUGCAGAAGCGUUAAAACCUGGAUGUGGAAGUGUUCGUAGUGUGGAAUUCCCUCGUGUCUUUGCUGAGUUGUGUACCCCAGACCCAGAGACCGGUAUGACCAAGAUGGCGGAACAGUUCCAGUCUCUCCAGAGGCUGACAGCUCCCCUGGAUAAAGCCGUUCUCACCGCGGCACGUCAUCCGGACAACGUCUCCAAAAACAGAUCAGACAGAAUCCUGGCAGCGGACACAUGCAGACCGUACCUGUCAACUCCUGUACCUGACGGAAAUAACUACAUCAACGCUGUAUACCUGCCAACGUUCAAAUCGAAGAGGGGUCUAAUUAUCACUCAGACUCCUCUGCCAGGCACAGUUCUGGAUUUCUGGCGCCUGGUGUACGACCACGGCAUAACUGUCAUCGUCACGAUAGACUUGGUAGAACGAGAUGAUAAGGACCUUGGGAUAUACUGGCCAUUGCAAGGAAAACAUUUUGACCCAUUUGUGGUGAAAGUCAAGGACAAGCAAGAGUGCGAGGGCUUUUCGGUGUGGACGUACCAUUUGUCUCACAAGGAUACGAAAGUAAUGCACCCUAUCAAGCAGUUCCGGUGUAACUUUUGGACCGGGGAUCCAGCCCCCAGCUCGAUAGCCUCACUGCUGUCCGUCAUAGAAGAGGCGACGCAGUGGCAACAAAAGACAGGCAACGCACCAGUUUUGGUACAUUGUAGAGACGGUGUGACGAAAAGCGGCCUGUACUGUGUGGCCACCUCAGUGAUAGAGAGACUGAAGAUGGACGAAGAAGUGAACAUCAUCCACACGGUGAAACAGAUGAGGGCCAACAGGCCACAGAUCAUCACAGAUCUGAAUCAGUUCCAGUUCCUGCAUCAAGUGGCUUUGAAGUAUGUGGAGACAGCCCACACAUAUGCUAACUUCGUGUAG